AUGAACUUUGGUAGACUACAAAGUGCCGGUGUGAAAGGACUUGUUUACUGUAAAGGCAAGCCAGCCAAAGGAGUCUCAGUUAAACUUUACGAAAAGGAACUCAUGUUCGAUCGGCUGAUGGACAAAGGCAAAACUGACAAAUAUGGUGCUUUCAAACUGUGGGGUAGGGCCAGAGAAUGGUCAGACAUUGAACCCGUGUUAUACAUUUACAAUAAAUGCGGCAGGCGUUUUGCUCGAAAAGUCACCAUCGACAUACCAUCAACUUACAUCACACAUUUUGGACAGAAAUGCAAGACUAUGUAUCGACUGUACAGUUUAUCUACAAUUGCAUUUCCGGUAACAAAAAGAUGUUCCGUUGCUGAUGCUUGA